AUGGUGAUGGCUAAGGACCGCACCGAGUUCUACAUAGCAUUUCUCGUUGUUCUGAUAAUUGGGGGAUCGGUGUUACCAGCCAUUGAAGGACGUCCGGUCAAGGAGGGUAUAAGACCGUUGAACCAGUUAAGAGAUUCAUCUGUGUUCAAUGGAAGAAGCGUAAUAUCGUCGUUUAAACCAGUACAAGAUUUGUCGUGGUUAGCCACGGUGAAACAGUCCGGGCCAAGCCCAGGGGUUGGGCAUCAUCGAGCCAAGGGGUAUACGAAGUUUGGACGAGUCGAAGACUCUGGUCCUAGUCCUGGUGUUGGACACUAA